AUGGCCAUGAGGAAGGUGGAGGUGAUCUGCCUCGGCCUUCAGUUGGCAAAAAGCCUGAGGCUACGGCUAAAGCUAAGUCUAAACAUCUGGCCGUUGGCGGGAGUCCUUGCCACGCACGUCGCUCCAGAGCCGCCGCACGCAGUUCCAGUGGUCCACGUCGGUCCAGAGAAAGUUCCUCGUCGGAUACAGGCUCUUCAGAGCUAUGGGAACCUGAAGCUGACCCAAACAGCAGUGACUCAUCCCCCGAUUCCCCCAGAGCAACCGGCAGAGCAGUAA